GCGGGGGCUGGUCGCAGACAGGGGGGAAUGGAGGUUUGGUGGCUGACAGGAACGGCGGGGGCCCGGGGCUCCUCCAGGCAGCGGGUCUGUCCCCGCCUGCCCGGGGCAGAGCCCUCGCUCAGGCGGUGUCGGUGUCGGGCAGCGAGGCAGAUGAAGUACAUCCUGGUCACGGGUGGGGUGAUCUCGGGCAUCGGCAAGGGGAUCAUCGCCAGCAGCAUCGGCACCAUCCUCAAGUCCUGCGGGCUGCAUGUCACCUCCAUCAAGAUCGACCCCUACAUCAACAUUGAUGCUGGCACCUUCUCCCCAUACGAGCACGGGGAGGUGUUUGUGCUAGAUGAUGGAGGGGAAGUGGACCUGGACCUUGGUAACUAUGAGCGCUUCCUCGAUAUCCGACUCACCAAAGACAACAAUCUGACUACUGGGAAGAUCUACCAAUAUGUCAUCAACAAGGAGAGGAAGGGAGACUAUCUUGGCAAAACUGUCCAAGUUGUUCCCCACAUCACAGAUGCUAUACAAGAAUGGGUAAUGAGGCAGGCACGAAUUCCUGUAGAUGAAGAUGGCAUUGAACCCCAAGUUUGUGUGAUUGAGCUUGGUGGGACAGUAGGCGAUAUUGAAAGCAUGCCUUUUAUUGAAGCUUUCCGCCAGUUCCAGUUCAAAGCCAAAAGAGAGAAUUUUUGUAACAUUCAUGUCAGUCUAGUUCCCCAGCCAAGCUCUACAGGCGAGCAGAAGACUAAACCCACCCAAAACAGUGUUCGUGAACUCAGAGGUCUUGGUCUCUCACCAGAUCUGAUUGUUUGCAGGUGCUCCACUCCAUUGGAUACCUCAGUAAAAGAAAAGAUUUCCAUGUUCUGUCAUGUUGAACCAGAACAGGUCAUCUGUGUUCAUGAUGUCUCUUCUAUCUAUCGGGUUCCUCUGUUGUUAGAGGAGCAGGGAGUUGUUGACUACUUCAGACACAGGCUUGACCUUCCCAUUGAGAGGCAGCCCAGGAGGAUGCUCAUGAAGUGGAAGGAAAUGGCUGACAGAUAUGACCGUCUCCUUGAAACAUGUUCCAUUGCGCUUGUUGGCAAAUACACCAAGUUUUCAGAUUCCUACGCAUCUGUCAUUAAAGCACUGGAGCAUUCUGCACUGGCUAUCAACCACAAACUUGACAUUAAGUAUAUUGACUCUGCUGACUUGGAGCCAGAUACUCUGCAGGAAGAACCUGUCCGAUACCAUGAAGCUUGGCAGAAGCUGUGUGGUGCUGACGGAGUUCUGGUUCCUGGUGGAUUUGGUGUUCGAGGGACAGAAGGCAAAAUUCAAGCUAUUUCCUGGGCAAGAAAACAGAAAAAACCCUUCUUAGGAGUUUGUUUGGGAAUGCAGUUAGCAGUUGUGGAGUUUGCGCGCAGUGUUCUUGGUUGGCAAGAUGCUAACUCGACAGAAUUUGACCCCAGAACUGCUCAUCCAGUGGUCAUAGACAUGCCAGAACAUAAUCCUGGGCAAAUGGGUGGGACCAUGAGGCUUGGCAAGAGACGGACACUCUUCCAAACCAAGAAUUCAGUCAUGAGGAAGCUAUAUGGAGAUCAUGAUUUCUUGGAAGAGAGACAUAGACACAGAUUUGAGGUCAAUCCAGAAUUGAAGAAGUGUUUCGAAGAGCAAGGUUUGAAGUUUGUAGGCCAGGAUGAGGAGGGAGAGCGAAUGGAAGUAGUUGAGUUGGAAGACCAUCCUUUCUUUGUUGGUGUUCAGUACCACCCUGAAUUCCUCUCUAGACCAAUUAAGCCAUCUCCCCCAUACUUCGGCCUCCUCCUGGCAUGUGCAGGAAGACUCACACAUUAUCUACAAAAGGGCUGCAGGCUCUCACCCAGAGACACCUACAGUGACAGAAGUGGCAGCAGCUCGCCUGACUUGGAGAUAACAGAGCUGAAGUUUCCAUCAGUAAAUCAUGACUGAUUCCUGAUGUGUCUUCACUGAAGAGAAGAGUCUUCAUUAGAUUUUCCAGGCAUUCUUAUAGCAAUAGCUUGAACACUGUCAGCUUUGGGCUUUCUUAAGUUAUGGUUUUAUAAUUUUUGUUAUGAAAUCAUGUCCCUUUUAUUUCCUCAACUCUUCUGUCCUUCGUUUAUCUUCUGUGUAGAUUGUUUAUUUCUGGAGGAGAGCUCAUCACAGCACAUGCACCUCUAGACUUUCUUCAGUUAGCACCAUCUUGGAGAUAAAAAGCAAAUUUGGGUUUGGGAUUUGAUGUGUUGGGGAGAAUCCAGCUGCACACUUCCUUCCUAAUGCAUGGUAACGCUGGCAUGAGUUUAUAUCUUGGACACUGACAGUUCAGUUGCUUUCUCCAGCCUCUCUGCUCCCUCAGCAGUCUUUGUUACUUACUGGUGAAAUUGUGUGGAUGAGACUAGAUUUUGGGGGCUUGCUCAGUUCUUUGAGCUGUGCUGUGCUGCGCUGCAGAGGAUGGGUCUGUUCAGCUUUAUGCAGUCUUUUUUUUUUUUGGGGGGGGGGAGAUAUUUUGUUCUCUUUUGGGUUGUUGUUGGUUUUUUUUUUUUCCACUAGUAUUUAAAAACAUUUGGCACUGGUGGUCUUGCUGCAUUCAUUGCCGGCAAUGAACUUUUAACCAGGAAAAUCUUCCUGGAAUAGAGUUAAUCUGGAACAUGAUCAGCUCUAACUGUGAUACGUCACUCUGCAGGGAUGCAAUUAACUUGGAUCGUGUGGGGAAAAAAAAAGGAGGAAAAAAAAAAAAAAAGCAAAACUGUCAGGAAAGCCCAUUGUUGCCUGAAAUGAGGCGUAACUGUUAGCCCUUCCUAUGCCAGUGUUUGCUGGUGCUGCUUCUUGGGCUGGGAACUUUCAACUCCUUGCAUCAAGGGGGAGGUACAGAAAAGAAAGUGAACUACUUUCAGAUGCUGCCUUUAACAGCUCCCGUGCGAUUUGCCUUGGACUGAACAGUUCAUGGUGCUUUUUUUCAUUGAUUGGAAGUGGAGCCUUCCGUUGCCUUUUUUUUUAUACGGCGGAGCCGCGUGUCCCGCACUCGAUGCAAUACAGAAGUGCUGUUUCCUGAGGGAGGGGCUUUGCCAUUUGCCUGCAGUGUUACUCCGGUUCAGUUUGUAGCGUGCUGUCCUGCGAUGACGAGCUCAGCUUUGCAGUUCUGGGGUGGGAAAUGCACUUGUUCCCUGCCCCGCCCCCCCCCCGCUGCAGUGUAAGCAACACAGUUUUUGGUCUUUGGUAAUUUAGAAGAAAGGAAGAAAGUGUCUCAGUUGUCUGAAGUGUCAUAUGUUCAGAUCUCUUCAUUAAAGUUUGGAGAAAGCUGAACGUCUUGAGCCUGGCUGAGUACUAACUCCUGUGUUGUCUGAUGCCAAACUUGAUUAAACACUGUCCUGUCUCAUCUUAAGUGAUCUUUUCCACAGCCCCUCUUGCUUUGUUCCUCAAUUAUUUUAAACACACGCCGUAAAGCUGCUUUUAGCCUGGAAAGCUUUGAGCAUUCUUCGUGUGUGCCAGUUACAACAGUUCUGCAAAAAUGAGUAACCGAGUCGAGAUGCUCUCUGUACUGAACAAACACCAGCUGUGAAGUGGCUGGUUCUCCAGCAGUGUGAGACCAUUCCUUAUCUGUAGCACAACUUUGUUUUCUUUCUUCUGAAAUGUUUUUGUUUUGGCCAAAACUGUGCAACUGACUCGGUCAUUAAAUGCUUAUUUGUAAUAAAAUGA